CGGACUACAUCCGAUGCUUUAAAAUGAAAUUGUGCCCCGCUAGCCGAUCCAGUCUACACCAUGCGCUCGCACGACGUGGAGCGGGAUCUUCACUUGGCGACGAUAGCAAUGGUCCACCAAUCGGCAAGAGGCAUGCUUCUCUAAUUCACACUUCUGAUUAGAACUAUGUCACUCAUUGAUUAGAUUCCGAAACUAUUAGCCAUGGGAGGAUUCAUUAUUGACUGUGCUUUCCGAGUUGGUCAUUGGGGAGUCGUUUUGGUCAUCUGUGGCCUCUUGUCCAUCGAAGGAACUGACGCUGUUGAAAUCCGUCGUCUGUCUGUUCCACGUUGGAUUCAGAACGGCACCGAGGAUGCUGUGGUAUUAGAUUGCGAAUACGUCUACACUGAAAAUGACUUUCGACUGGUGGUCAAGUGGUUCUUCGAAGAUAAUCUGGAGCCUGUGUAUCAAUGGAUCCCGGGACUUAAUAAAAAACAUGCUUCAGAAAUGCUGAAAGAUCGUUUGGACUUGAAUUUCUCUGUGAGUACCGUUGAUGCAUAUUCCAGAUUCCGAGCACUGAGGAUACUAAGGCCCACCACUGAUCUGAGCGGAAAAUAUACAUGUCUGGUGACAUCUCUUGCAGGACAAGAUUCAAAAGAACAAGUGAUGACCGUGUUUGUUCCUGCUCAUGAAUUCGAAUUAGGCUACUUGGAAACCAACUACAACUCCGUCAAUGUGUCCUGCGAAACAUUGGGCGUGUUCCCCUUCCCCAACAUGAGACUGUACUUGCGGCCAUCCAGCGGGAGCCCACCUCAGGCCGUGACCGACGUCAAGACCCGCAGUGUCCGACGACCUUCUGGUUCAUACGACGUGCUUUUGCAUCGGACGUUUAUGAUCAAUGAGCUGUCGUCGAAAGGUGCUACGGUUUUUGAGUGUAUACUAGAGCUGCCAGGAACAAAUUACUUCCAGUCAAAGAGGAUAGCAUACUUUCCUGGUAUCCAAGGACCCCGAAUAGAAACUCCCUACGGACUCUCAUCAUUUUCCCCUGGUGACAAGGAUUUAUCCAGAAAUUUCAGCGUUUUAUAUGUGUUUGUUAAUGUCGUCUAUCAUCUCUUCAGAAACCUUCAGCAUGUUACUUAAAGCUCCAAGGCUCACAGAUAACAUUCUUAUGAAGAAGAAUCAUUUUUUGCAAAAGUGAUUGCUGCAAUCACAAAGCCGUGAUAUAAUUUUCAUAUGUGACGUAUAUUAAUGUCAAUCACUGACUAUUUAAAUGAUAAGAAAUUUGAUGACUUUCAAGAAAAGAAAAAAAUUGGAUAGGAAUGAAAGAAUGUUUGCUCUCCUCAUCAAAAGAAUUCCAAGAGAUAACUCUACAAUUUUAAUUUAGACUUUGAAUUGCGUUUUAAAUUAAAAUUACUAAAUUUAUGUAUGAUUUUUUUUUGAAAAUAAUGCAUGGUUCCCCAAACUGAUUAUCGUGGCUUUUAUGCAAUAUGAAUCAUACAUGUGAUGUUUAUAAAUUAAAUAAAUGUAAGGUAUUCAAAUUUGCAGGAAUUUGUGGAAAAUGUAUGGGUAGUAAAUGGAUAUCAAUGGCUUACAGGUAAGCAAAAUAAUGCUUCUCAGUUAUGAAAGGGUGAUGUUUCAAAUACUUUUUUUCUUACCCAGAUUGUUGUUAAGUAUGGAUAAUUAGUGAACAGACAGAAUAUCACAUAAUUCUUUAAUAGAUUGAUUUUUAAGAAGAAACACGAAUACGUUUCUGCUAAUUUAAGUUAUUGAAUAUUGUGAUCUUUUGAUACCUUAGCACUAUCACGCUGCAUAAUCAUUCUUUUUUUUUGUUUCAUUAAAAUUUUGUAGUCGCCACGUAUGUUGUUGCGAGAUAUACCAUGGAUUCAACAAAUCUAUUAAGUGAUAAGAUACAAUAUAAUUCAAUUGUGGGAAAAAAAUAGUCAUUUAAUACUCCUUCUUUUAGGAAAAACACUAUAUAGUUACAGAGGAAAACAAACAUCUUGAGCAACAUUUGCAUCUUCUUGAAACAGAAGAUAAACAUGUUUACUACGUUUAUACAUGUUUACUAUGUUUUACAUAUUUUUUACUCAUGACGUAUUUUUGACGUCUUCUUUGAUGCAAUGUGUAUGACAUACUCCAAAAAAGUUCAGAAUUCUAUUUAAUAGGUGCCAUUUAAAUACGAAAUAUUUUAUAUUACCACCAUGGAAGUAGCAUAAUAAAAUUAUCUUAUUCUUCUGUAUUAAAAGGAUGGAAAUCCACCUGCUCAGUCAUCAGUUCUUAUGUUUAGAGAUCUGGCUACAAGCUCUUUUGAUAAUUGAUGGGGGUAAUUAUCCCUAUAUCCUUUUGUCAGAUUUGUGGAUAAAUAUCCUUGUAUGUCACUGAAGAUAUCAAAACUAAUAUUUUAUUUAGGUACUAACAGUUGUUAAUUACCUAAAGGAACUGUGUAUCGGUUACAUAUUCAACUGAUUUCAAAGGACAAAGUCAAUCAUUUUCCAUCAAGAAACAUACAUUUAAAAAAUAAUAAAAUUUUGAAAACAGAAUAAAAUUUUUAAAAGUAAAGUUCAUUUUUAGAUUAUAUAAUAUUGAUGACUAAUCAGAGAAAACUGGUUAUCGAAAAUUCGGUUUUUUUUAUAUUAUAUUGGUGUAUAGACUGAUGUGAGUACAUGAAGCAAUAUUUCAUCACGUCAUAUCGCUAUGAGAAAACCCAAUUGCAUGAAGCAAUACUUGAAUCAGCCAAACCUUCUUUUGAUGCAUGUUGACCAGUCAUCUAUGUUUUUGCGUAUAUCCUAUAUUCAUACUAAAAGUAUUUUAACGUUUUUCUACAUUCAAAUGAGGCAUAAAUGUUCAGCUAGAACAAAGACUCGAAUUGUAAAGCAUAUCAGAUCGCAUUUAAAACAUAGCUUCAUUUUAUUAAGAGCAAACAUCUGUAUGAAACCAUAAAAAAAUCGUAGAUCAAAUUUAACUUCAACAACUUUUGAAGAACAAGUAAGGCUCAACACUUUUGUAAAACAAGUAAGGAAGAAUAGCUCAUCGUGACAAUCGAAAAUGUUCAGUGCUCACAGACUGAGAGUCAAAUUGUUGACAAUUUCAGAUACUUACUGCAAUAUUUUGUAAAUUAUUUUAUCUGUCAUUUACUAAGACUAUUUGAUCUGACACAGCACGACAUCAGUUUGGGGCACCAUCUAUAAAUAUUAUUUUGGAAGUAAAGUCAAUGUAUUAAAUUACAUUUAAGUUAAUGUAUAAAAUUCCAUUUAAGAUUUAUUUCUUUAAGCUGAAGAAAGAAAGAAAAAUCCAUUACGGAAUCAUUAAUCUACUCCUUUAUCCAUAAUUGAUUCUCACAAUGUUUUCAUCUUGUAUAAAUCCAAAGACAUAAAAUUCAUCAGUAAAAUAAAACAAUCUCGGAUUUAUCAUAUUUGUAUUAGACAUUAUGCAUUUUAUAACAAAGCUAAAUCACUCUCUCUGAAUUUUGCCUUAUUUACAAUAGAUGUCUUGCUCUUUUAGUGUUUUUAAUUAAUGAAUUAUAUGCCAUAUUGACUUUUUUUUAAUUAAUUGUAUACAUCUUUUAGAAUUAAAAACUUAUUUUGCUAUUUUUCCUAUAUUAAGAAUUUAAAUCAUAUAACUAAAAUAAAAUAAAUUCAUUUUAUAAUGUUUUGAUAAAUUUUCUUUGCAUCAAAAUUCAUUAGAUAUAAAUGGUGCUUUAUUUAUUUAUUCAAAAGUGAUUAUUAAAAAAUUGUUUAGGUAUUAUAAUUUUUACAAAGAAAUAUCUAUAUAUUUCAGAUCUUCUUACUUUAUUCUAUUCUGGACGAAACAAAUUAAGACUAUGCAAAUUCUGACGAUAGUUUUUUAAAAUUUGAAUUUUUGCUUUUUAUUUUCAGACUGAAUUUAUACAAAUAUCCUUAAAUAAACUCCUUUCUAGCAAUAUUAAUCAAUCAAUUAUUUCCAUUUGUACACAGACUUUCUGCAAGCUGUUGUGGUAAAUAUAAUGCAUAUUGCAACUUGAUGGCAAACAUUUUAUAUGAAAAAUGCAGCAGUUUCGAAUUAGUUGAUUUUCCGCAUGUUUUUCUCUCAUAAGUUGUUCGAACUAUAUCUUUUAUUCGAUGCCCUGUCUCAUUCUUAAAUCAAACAAAAACACAAAUGAUUAUUUUGUUUUCUGCUUCUAUGUUUGAAUAUUUACUUAUACAUACUAUUCAAUUUAAAUGAGUGUAUUUACUUAAGAUACUAUGUUAUAUAUCUCACGUUGUUUUCUUCAAAUGCGAUACAUAUCAUUCAAACAUGAUUGUAAAUAAUGUUGCCAUUAUGCUACCCUUUCCAAAAUGUUAUUGAAAAUAAAAUCAUUUUUACAAGUGU